ACUGCUAGGUACUCAGUUUGUUCUUGUCAUCACCUCUCUGCUCUGAAACCGGUGGGGUUUUCGAGAUGGACGGACCUUUGAAUGAACUGGCGAAACUUGAGCAACUGAGUACUGAAGGAUCCGGUGGAAAAGGAAAGACUGUAUCGGUGAUCGAAUCCCUGGACUCACUCCUGGAAACGCUGCGGGCAACAAAGGCAGAACUGGAGCGCGGUUCCGCCUCCCAAACGCUCCCUCUCCAAGUGCUUCAAGCUGUGGAAGCAGGGAAGAAACAGGUCGAAGCUCGCCAGAAGGAAGUGAACGCGUCGAUCUCGCGACUGGGGAAGGCUUUGGACAAGAAAUUCCCCUCCAGCCUUCCGUCAUACCCGAAUCUCUUCGAUUCUGCGACAUCAAAGGCUGCCUUGGAACGUACUAUUGCUCUGCAUCUCCUGAGGACUGGUCAAUUCGACACUGCAGCAACUUUUAUGGUGGAAUCUAGUGUUGACAUUUCAGCGGAGCUGAAAGCCCAAUUUAUCGACUUGCAUGGCAUUCUCCAAGCCCUACGAAAUCUAGAUAUUGGACCUGCGCUCAGCUGGGCGACUAAAAAUCAAGCAUUUCUUCAGGAUCGCGCGUCUCCACUCGAAUUCCACCUACACCGGUCUCAAUACAUCCGACUGAUGCUAAGCACGCAUCCUCCCAAUCCUAUACAAGCCAUCAACUAUGCAAGAGAAGUCAUGGGGCCAUUCUUUGAAGAUAACAAGGAAGAGUUCCAGCGCCUUCUUACUUGUGUUGCCUAUCUACCGUUGGCGAAACUCCAAACGUCACCCUACUCAGAUCUGGCCUCACCCUCAUUACAUUUUGAUCUGGAGCCCCUUUUUGCCAAGGAGUACUGUGCCAGUCUCGGGAUGAGUCGCCAAGUUCCUCUGCGUGUUGUAGGGGACAUUGGUGGAGGCGGUGCUCUAGCGAGGAUCGAGAAAGGGCGGAAGAUUAUGCGGGAAAGCAAGAGCGAAUGGAGCCAGGUGGAUGAGCUCCCGAUUGAAAUCCCUCUAUCAGCAGAAAAUCGCUAUCAUUCGAUAUUUACGUGUCCGGUCUCGAAAGAGCAGUCGUCGGACUCGAAUCCUCCGAUGAUGAUGCCUUGCGGCCAUGUUGUUUCUCGAGACAGUCUCCAGAAGCUCAGCAAGCCAGUUGGAGGGUUCGACCCAAUUGAGCGACGAGUGAAGUGCCCAUAUUGUCCUGCCGAGUCAACACAAGGCUCAGCCUUGCGUGUGUAUUUUUAAUCGGAAGAUCGGUGUGAUUUGUACUACAUACAAUCAGUGGCGUGUUAGGGAUACAGUUGGAGAGGUUUCGCGUGAAAUAGGUGUCGCAAAGAGCAGGGGCAUCGCAACGGGUCAGUAAGUCGUAAGUAAGGUAAUAAGUAAACGGCGGUGUCUAGGCGGGCCGCCAGUCAGAGUCCAGACCACCCACCCAUGGCACCAGCAGUGAGCUGCCCGGACUUCGAGACCGGGGAAGAGAGUCCUGGGGAUCGCGUGAGCGGGAUCGUGAGCCAAAUGCGCUCAGCGGAGGACUGAGUGAGCCCUGCACAGAAUCAGAGCGUUGCAGCGCACGUGAUCUGGCUGGGAGAGUGUCUGAGAGACCCACAACGGAUGAGCCAGACGACAGCGAAAGAUUGAGACGGGAGUGGAAUGACCCAUGCUCAGACGGAGGGCCCUGGGUGUCGUGAUACUUGGCUACACGUGACUCUCCAAAGGUGAAUCUGUGCCCAGGUCCUGCAUUCGACUGGACACCUCCCAGUUGUCUCCACGAGCCAUUAGCACCGGGAGGUGCAUCAUCUAGAGUAGGGUGCACCAGUCGCACACCACCACCGAAAGCGGAAGCGGGAAGAGGGACCACAGUUAAAUUGGAACUGCCGAAAGUGCCGAGUUGGUCAUGUGAUGGGGGUCUGCUGAAUCCAUGCUCAAACUUGUCCCAGCUGCUGAUGCUGCCAUGAUCUUCCAAACCGGGUGGCCCGUGCGCAUAGGCACGCUGCCUCAUAGGCGAGUUUCCUGUUGCAGGCGUUGUAGCCAUGGUCGUGUGCGACUGCCGUUCUGUCAAAGACGAGGCCGGAUCAGAUGUGGGAUCAGAACUCGAGGACAAUGAAUGCUGAGACGAGGACGUGAAUUCCGCCAAUGCAGGGGGCGCUGGUACGUCCAAUGGAUCCAAGUUCUCAGCGGCAGGCGUCGAUGGACUCCGAAUGGAACGAUCUCGAGAGCUCAGAGUUUCUAGAGCAUCGGUGUAGACAGUUCCUCCGCUCUUCGCACUGCCCGUGGUGCCAUCAGAGCUCAUACCGCUGAGGCCACUUACAGGCCGAGAGGCAGCAGCGGAUCCAGCCAACGGCCGGGGAAUGACAGCACCACCCAAGAGCGGCAAGACGGACCGACUGCCAAAUUCACGCAUCUCGUUCUUGGGCACAGUCACCAGUUUAGGUGGUGCGCCAAUUGGGGAAGGUGACGACAGCGGCGACAACGAAUUGGAGGGGGAGUGACGACCAGCAUCGAACAGGAGCAGGCCACCCUCUUCCGCGUCCCUUGUUCGUUCAUCUCGAUUCCACGAAAAGCGGGGGAUCCACGAUCGACGGCGUUCCUUGCCUUUGACCCCUGAGUCCGCUUUCGAAAUAACUCUGGGAGAAACAGCCACACGACGGGCAAUAACGACUUGCCCAACUUCAUCCCCCAGCUCAGGCUCACUGUCCUCCGAGCCCCGGGGCAGAACCUCUUCCUCAGUAAGCACAGCAAGCUGAGAGGGAGACAAUAUCCGCCGACUAGUAAUUGCGUUUGUCUCGGCUGGUACGAUCGGUUGAAGCUGACCCGGCGGGGCAUCGAACGGGUUCGCGCCAUCUUCCUGAGGAGUGAAAGACAACGAAGGAUGCGCGAGCACGUCACCGUAUCCGGAAAUGUUGGUUCCUGAGCUAGUAGAGCUAAAGCCCGUGCCUCGGGAGGAAGCCGAGUUACGGUUCACAUCGGUAGGUGGGCUAGGAUGAGGGUUGGGUAGAGACGUCAAGAAGGGAUCCGCUUCAGUGGCUCCUUGUCCUGGUUCUGUGCGCUGUCUCGGCGAAGUCGGAGACGGAACCAUCAGCCAGUCCACAUCAUACUCGUCCGUGGACCCCGUAGCGGGAGUGACCAUUGUAAACCGAGUACGAGGUCGAGGUUUGCGCCGGCGCCGUUGCACAAGCGAGCUAUGAUGGCUGGAGAACGAGCCUCUUCGCGCCGGAAACGCGCGCAUAACCAGAUGGCCAACAGAACGAUCACCAUCAGGCUCAGUAUACCGCCAAUGAUGAUUCCGGCCAGUUGUCCAUGAUUGAGGGAAAGAUGCGAGGUAGAGUGUCCAUUAGACGGAGAGGCGGAGGUGGAGGAUAGUGGUAUGAUAGUUGAAGUGGAGGAUGCGGAGAGUGGGAUGCUUGUGGACGGAGCAAUUGGAGAAGUCGAAGAAGGUAGCGCUGGGGAAGAAAAGAGAGAUGGACUUGAAGGGAUAGAUGAGGUAAUCGUAGAUGUAGGCGUCACAGAUGUUGAUGAAAUAGAGGACGUGGUCGGAGUGGUUGCAGGGCGUGUAGUCGCCGUGGUCGUGGGUGCGGGACUGGUCAAUCCUCCAUACGUCCAAUCAGUUCCAAGUGGUAUGCUGGGACCGUAAUAGGUCAGUGGCAAGUACACCAGAGUCGUCUCUGUGGUUCGUGGCAACGUGAUUGUCGUGUAGGAAAGCCAUGCGGGGAGUUCCUGAGUUGGUGCGGUCAUAUUUCAAUGCGUGCCUUGGAUAGGCGUAGGUUUUUAGUUUCGAAAAAUAGCAGCGUAGAGCGAAAAGACAGAGAGUGGCGGAGGAAUAGAAGAAAAGGUGUGCGGAUAGGUAGAUGGGGGAUCAGAAAGGGUGGGGCACAGUCUUU